CCAGGUGCAGGCGCAUACGCCCUCAGCGCGGCCGUCAUUGCCUUCUCGCUGGGCUAUCUCGCCGGACAAGGACGGGCCAUCGGCUUGUUCGGCGGGUCGGCUGCUCGCAACACGGCCACCGCACGCGCGCACGACGACGACGACGACGACCAUUCUUCACACGUAAGCGCAUCGUCUUCUGAUGACGAGGCGUCCUUCGCGCGCACCACAGAAGAAUGCAAGCUGGUCCUGCUUGUGCGGAGCGAUCUUGGCAUGACCAAGGGGAAGAUAGCAGCACAAUGCGGUCACGCGACACUGGCAUGCUAUAAAACCUUCUCACAAGCAGAUCCAAACCACCCCCUCCUGAAGCAGUGGGAAUCUCUGGGCCAAGCCAAGGUGGCUUUGAAGGUCGAUAGCGAAGAUGAAAUGCUUAUGCUUCACGCUCAAGCAGUGAGUCUGGGCCUCUGCGCAAAGGUCAUUCACGACGCAGGUCGUACACAGAUCGCGAGCGGAUCUGCCACAGUCCUGGGCAUUGGUCCUGCGCCAAAGAGCAAGAUUGACCAAGUCACCGGCCAUCUGAAGCUCUUGUGA